GACCUCACAUCCGUCUCUACAGACAUAUUUUUGUCUGCCGGCAUUUUCUUUUUGUUUUGCCUGUGCCAAUUUCAGCUCUACGAACAAUCUUGUUUAGUUUAAUCGGAUUCAAACGAAGCGUACAUCAAACUUAGUGGUUUGCCGCAUAAUGCCUGGAUUUUCAGACAGAGACCGUGGACGAGAUAGAGGGUAUGGUGGAGGACCCCCUCGUUUUGGUGGUGGUAGCGGUGGAGGCAGUAGGGGCGGACCUCCUCCGGGAAAAUUUGGCAACCCUGGUGAGAGGCUGCGGAAGAAGCACUGGAACCUUGACGAGCUUCCAAAGUUUCAGAAGAACUUUUACCAGGAACAUUCAGAUUCAACUCGCAGAACAGUUCAAGAGAUUGAACAGUACCGAAGAAACAAAGAAGUUACGGUCAAAGGCAGGGAUUGCCCCAAGCCAAUUAUAAAAUUCCAUGAAGCUGAAUUUCCAAACUACGUCAUGGAAGUCAUUGUCAAUCAUAACUGGACUGAUCCAACUCCAAUUCAGUCCCAGGGGUGGCCAGUUGCGCUGAGUGGCAAAGACAUGGUUGGAAUCGCUCAAACAGGGUCUGGGAAAACCCUUGCUUAUCUCCUACCUGCAAUUGUGCACAUUCAACAUCAACCAUUCUUGGAGCAUGGAGAUGGACCUAUAUGCUUGGUGCUGGCGCCGACCCGCGAGCUGGCUCAGCAGGUGCAACAGGUGGCUGCUGAAUACGGCAGGGCCUCCCGUCUCAAGAGCACCUGCAUCUACGGUGGUGCGCCCAAGGGACCACAAAUCAGGGACCUUGAGAGGGGUGUAGAGAUUUGCAUUGCUACCCCAGGUCGUCUCAUUGACUUUCUGGAGUGUGGUAAGACUAAUUUGCGUCGCUGUACCUAUCUGGUGCUGGAUGAAGCAGACCGCAUGCUGGACAUGGGAUUUGAACCUCAGAUCCGCAAGAUAGUGGAACAAAUUCGGCCAGAUCGUCAGACCCUGAUGUGGAGCGCCACCUGGCCUAAGGAAGUUCGCCAGCUGGCUGAGGACUUCCUGAAGGACUAUGUUCAGAUCAACGUUGGGGCACUGCAGCUCAGUGCCAACCACAACAUCCUGCAGAUAGUUGAUGUUUGCAAUGACAUGGAGAAGGAGGACAAACUGAUCCGUUUGCUGGAGGAGAUAAUGAGUGAAAAGGAGAACAAGACUAUUAUAUUUGUUGAGACCAAAAGACGUUGUGAUGAGCUCACCAGGAGGAUGAGAAGAGAUGGGUGGCCAGCAAUGGGAAUUCAUGGAGACAAGAGCCAGCAGGAGAGGGACUGGGUCCUUAAUGAGUUCAGAUAUGGCAAAGCUCCAAUCCUCAUUGCCACCGAUGUGGCCUCCCGUGGCUUGGAUGUGGAGGAUGUGAAAUUUGUCAUCAAUUAUGACUACCCUAACUCCUCCGAGGAUUAUAUCCACCGCAUUGGACGCACAGCCCGGAGUCAAAAAACGGGCACAGCCUACACCUUUUUCACCCCUAACAACAUGAAACAAGCCAGUGACCUGAUAGCUGUGCUGCGUGAGGCCAACCAGGCCAUUAACCCCAAGCUGAUCCAAAUGGCAGAGGACAGAGGAGGUCGUGGAAGGGGUGGAAGAGGUGGCUACAAGGAUGACCGUCGGGAUAGGUAUUCUGGGGGUGGGAGGAGUAACUUCGGAGGUACUAGCUACAGGGACGGGGAUAGAGGGUUUGGCGGUGGGCCGAAGAGUGCCUUUGGUGGUAAUAAGGCCCAAAAUGGUGGCAGCUAUGGAGGCAGUGCUAACUCUAGUGGUAGCUAUGGAAACAACAACUACAGCAACAGUAAUGGACAGGGUAAUUUCCCCACAAACCAGGUGGGUGCGUUUGGUAACCAAAGCUUCCAGGGCCCCCCUCAGUUUGGGGGCAUGCAGAGGGCUGCUCAGAAUGGCAUGAACCACCCACCAUUCCCGUUCAACUCUCAGCCACCACCACAGGCCCAACAGCCUCCACCACCACCAAUGGUGCCCUACCCCAUGCCACCAACCUUCCCACAGUAGAUAAGUUAUGCGCAGAUUAAAUUGAACCAACAUGAUUUUGGUUUAGUCUUGAAAUAUUACAGUAUUAUUAUUAUUAUUAUUAUUAUUAUUAUUAUCCUUUGUACUGUUUAACUUUGUUUUGCUUACAGCAGGGUUGGAAUUAUCCAGUAAACCCAGAGCAUUAUUUUGGAGUCAUAAAAAAAAUCUCCUAAUGUGCAAUUAUGAUUGCAGCACUUUUCUUUGACUGUUUUUUGUUACAUUCCUCAGUAAUUUAUUUUUACUAGGUAAUGCUGUGUUUUCAAUUUUCAGUCGUGUGUUUUAAUAGUGAUGUUAUGAAGAUCAUUUAAAAAGGGUAAGUGUGACCCUUUUAAAUAAAAAGAAGAAAAUGG